UCCGGCCGAAUCUAAACCAGAACCCUCUUCUCCCCCCUCGGUCUCAUCGAAAACCCCCGUUGUCUCGUCCCCUUCCUACAACUAGCUCCCCUCCGUCCCUCCGCUCUAAAUUCACCACCACCACCACCUUGCCGCAGGCAGCGACAGCACACGCCUGCGCUACGCUCUCAGAUCCCUUCCCUCUACACAGCAUUCCCCGAGGACGGACGAUGGCUCCCUGUGCAACUGCCGGCGCGCAGAUGCUGGCUGCGCGCCCCUGCGUCUCCGCCUCCCAGAGCAUGCUCGCCUCGAGGGCAGCCGUCUCACGGAUCAGCCCGGCGCUCGGCACCAGUAGCUUUGCGAGCUGCCCCAGAAUCGCCUACUCCAGGCCUCUCGGCUCUUCCAACAUCGCCGUGAGAGCAGUGUCAGGAGAAGGUGCCCCUCAGGGGCUACCCAUUGAUCUCAGAGGGAAAAAGGCAUUUAUUGCUGGGGUUGCUGAUGAUAAUGGCUAUGGCUGGGCAAUUGCAAAGGCUCUUGCAGCAGCUGGUGCUGAAAUUCUUGUUGGUACAUGGGUGCCUGCACUUAACAUAUUCGAGACAAGCCUGAGGCGUGGAAAGUUUGACGAAUCACGGAAGCUGCCCGAUGGAUCUCUUAUGGAGAUUGUUAAAGUCUAUCCACUGGACGCUGUCUAUGAUUGCCCGGAGGACGUUCCUGAAGAUGUCAAAACAAACAAAAGGUACGCAGGAUCAUCAAAUUGGACUGUGAAGGAAGCUGCUGAAGCAGUCAAGAAGGAUUUUGGUAGCAUCGACAUUCUUGUCCAUUCUCUUGCUAAUGGUCCUGAGGUUACAAAACCUUUGCUGGAAACCUCAAGAAGUGGCUAUCUUGCUGCAAUGUCAGCAUCCAGUUACUCCUUUAUUUCCUUACUUCAGCACUUCGUUCCUAUUAUGAAUCCAGGUGGUGCUAGUAUCUCGCUAACAUACAUUGCAUCUGAAAGAACGAUUCCUGGAUAUGGUGGUGGCAUGAGUUCAGCUAAAGCAGCUCUUGAGAGUGAUACAAGAGUACUUGCUUUUGAAGCUGGACGCAAAGGCAAAAUUCGAGUUAACACCAUAUCCGCAGGUCCUUUGGGAAGCAGAGCCGCAAAAGCAAUUGGAUUUAUCGAGAAGAUGAUCGAGUACUCUUACGUUAAUGCACCAUUGCAGAAGGAACUUCUGGCAGAUGAAGUUGGGAACGCAGCAGCAUUCCUGGUGUCUCCUUUGGCCUCUGCUAUCACCGGCUCGACUGUCUAUGUCGACAACGGACUAAACACGAUGGCUGUUGCUAUUGACAGCCCUUCAGUGGCAUAGUAGAAGCUGUUCUGGUAGAGAGAUCUGUUUUCCUUAUUCACUGUGGCGUGAUUCUUGAAUAAAGAGGUUAGUUAGUUAGUGCGAGAGCUGAGGGUGGGGUAAAAAGGGUGCUGUCCGUUUAAAUGAAUUUAAGCUUCUGGUACCUCUUUGGCCCAUUUCUAAUAUAAUGUAUCUUGAAUGCUUGUGGUUAAAAAUUUCUUCAGUGUGGCUGAUUAGUACCUUGACAAA